AUGCGGUCCUUAGCACAACAAGGUGACAGGCUACUUGUCUUUGGGCCACAGGCACUUUCUGUCAAUGCCAACGACUUUCGCGCACUGCAGUCUACGGUGAAGCACUACCCAUGGAUUGCGGAUACGAUCAAGCAUCUCCCAAAUAUCUGGAACGACUUUGUGAAAUACUUUCCCAAAUACAGCGUGAUUCCGGCCGAUACUUUACUACAAGGUCUAGCCAAAUGGGUUGAGACUGGAAACAUUGAUUUGGGCACUCAGAACCGCCUCACGAACAUCACUCUCAGUCCUCUUGUCAUCAUCACACAUAUCACUGAAUACCUCGAGUAUCUCAACGCCGGUGCUCGACAACCCAGUCAGGUGUCGUCAACUGAGACUUUGGGAUUUUGCAUGGGAUUCUUGAGCGCAUUGGCAGUGUCAGUCAGCAAAGAAAGUAAUGAGAUUCAGAAAUAUGGAGCGACCGCAAUCCGCCUAGCAAUGAUCAUUGGUGGAAUUGUGGAUGCACAAGACGCUCUUGACACUGAAGGACCAUCCAAGUCUCUGGCAACAGCUUGGGUUUCAACGGAAGGAGCGGAAGAGCUCAAGCGGAUAGUUGGCCGUUUCCCAGAGGCAUAUGUCUCAGUGUCGUAUGACGACCAGCGUGCGACAAUCACUACGGCCUCUAGAACCGUUUCUACCUUACAAGCGCAACUCCGUGGUGCUGGAAUCGUCGCAAAUGAGAUAGGUCUAUUUGGACGCUUCCAUAAUGAGUGGUAUGUAGAGGAUGUUGACAAGAUCAUUGAGUUUGUAUCGUCACGGCCAGAACUUGUGCUUCCAGAUGCCACUGAUCUCAUUUACCGAACACGAUCCAACUCAGGCACCGGUCUUAUAACAAGCGGAAAGCUUCAUGCCCAUGCCGUAAAGACCAUUCUCGUACAACACUCAAAUUGGUAUCAAACCUUCAAAUCCAUCCAUGAAUCCCAGCUCAAAGAUUUUAAAACGGCCGUCGUUGCCUUUGGUCCUGAACCCUGUGUUCCGCCAUCGAUCCUACGCGAGAUUAAGCAAAAUGUCAUCAAUGCAUCGGCCAUUCAAGCAACACUACCUCUUACUUCGCUACCUCAGCAAGUCAAGGAUGAUGACAUUGCUGUUGUUGGUAUGUCGCUGAAAACUGCAGGCGCUGACGAUACUGAUGAGUUCUGGAAUUUGUUAUGUGCGGGACAGUCACAGCACCGAGAGGUGCCGCGCAAUCGGAUAAGAUUUGACAGUAAAUGGCGCGAAGUCGAUCCUAAGAGAAAAUAUUAUGGCAAUUUUCUCAACGAUCAUGAUGUUUUUGAUCAGAAAUUUUUCAAAAAGAGUGCCAGAGAGGCUGCUUCGACUGAUCCCCAGCAGAGAGUACUGCUUCACGUAGCCUACCAGGCUUUAGAACAGGCCGGAUAUUUCAACUCGCCAGAUCAGGACAAAAAAAUUGGCUGUUUUAUCGGAGAAUGUGCGAACGACUAUGCAGACAACGUGGCAUGUCAUCAGCCUAACGCAUUUUCCGCUACAGGUAACCUGAAAAGCUUCAUUGCCGGAAAAGUUAGUCACUACUUUGGUUGGACAGGUACUGGGUUGACUCUCGAUACCGCGUGUUCAUCAUCUUUGGUGGCUGUCCAUCUCGCGUGCAAGGCAAUCCUUAGUGGUGAAUGCAAUGCUGCGCUAGCGGGUGGUGUAAACAUGAUGAACAGCGCUUUAUGGUUCCAGAACCUUGCUGCGGCAUCUUUUCUUAGCCCUACUGGACAAUGCAAGCCUUUUGAUGCCAAAGCAGACGGUUACUGUCGAGGAGAAGCCGUGGGUGUGGUCUUCUUGAAGAGAAUGUCCGAAGCUAUUGCCAACGGAGACCAGAUCAUCGGUACGCUAUCCAGCACAGGAGUGUCCCAAAAUCAAAAUUGUACGCCUAUAUUUGUACCAAAUGCCCCUUCGCUUUCAUCAUUGUUUCAGAAUGUUAUCGAAGACGCGCGAGUAGAUCCCAAAAACAUCUCCGUUGUGGAGGCUCACGGCACUGGAACCCAGGUGGGCGACCCAGCAGAGUACGACAGUAUACGCAAAGUUCUCGGAGGCUCUCAUUUGCGCUCCAAACCACUUGCAUUUGGAUCUGUGAAAGGUCUUGUUGGUCAUACAGAGGCGACAUCUGGUCUCGUCUCUUUGAUCAAGAUCCUCCUAAUGAUCCAGAAUAAGACCAUUCCGCCACAAGCAAGUCACGAGUCACUAAAUCCGCAUUUGAAUGCUACGUCCGAUGAUAAAAUGGAAAUAAUUACCAAAAAGACAAAUUGGGAAGAUGAUUAUAAAGCGGCACUAAUCAAUAACUAUGGAGCAUCUGGUUCCAACGCUUCCGCCGUCAUCACUGAGGCACCUCACCUUCACAAGCCAACUGCCCGCAUGAAGUCAUUCCCUACAAUUGACUAUCCCUUCCAUAUCUUUGGGAAAGAUGACCGAGCGAUUCGCGACUAUUGCGCAAAGCUUGUCACCUCAUUGGAGUCUAAGGGUGUUGACAACGUGUCCAUUUCAGAUUUAUCAUUCAAUAUCUGCAGACAGUCGAACCCAACAUUGGAUCGUGCGUUGAUAUUUACUAGUCGAUCAGUAAAACAGCUAAUUGAGAAGCUACAUGGGUUCCAGAUUGGCGACGCCAGUGUCGCUUCCACUAUGGCGCAACCCAAAUUUCGACCAGUUGUUCUGUGCUUCGGGGGCCAGAUUUCCACUUACGUCGGCCUAAGUAAAGAGGUAUAUGAGAACGUGAGAGUCCUCGCCAAUUAUCUCGAUCAGUGCGACUAUGUCUGCCGAUCUUUGGGAUGCGAAAGCAUCUUCCCUGGUAUCUUCCAGAGGAGUCCCAUUGAAGACACCGUCAAGCUCCAAACGAUGCUCUUCUCAAUCCAGUACGCUUGUGGCAAGAGUUGGAUAAAUUGCGGAAUUCAACCUGUUGCUGUGGUUGGACACAGUUUCGGCGAGUUAACAUCUCUUUGCAUCUCGGGUGUUCUCUCUUUAGAAGACGCAUUGAAGAUGAUCGUUGGUCGUGCAACAAUUAUUCGAGAGAGCUGGGGUAGUGAGAAGGGAGCCAUGAUGGCAAUUGAAGCAGACCAAAGCGAGGUUGAAAAUCUUCUUGCUGAAACAGCUGUACCAUGUGCGGAUGCUGGUGAGCGAGAACCGACAAUUGCAUGUCUCAAUGGACCCCGCAGCUUUACUAUUGCUGGGUCAUCUCGAGCCAUCGAUAUCGCCGGUGAAACUAUUUCCAAGAAUCCUGCCUAUUCAAGGUUCAGGUUCAAGAAGCUCAAUGUCACAAAUGCUUUCCAUUCCACUUUAGUUGAACGCUUGAUGCCUGAUCUAGAGAAAAUUGGAAAAGCUUUACAAUUCAACGAGCCUUCAAUCCACCUAGAAAGGGCAACGGAGUUUUACUCUUCAGAACKAUUGGCUCCAAAAUACGUCGCUGAGCAUAUGCGCAACCCCGUCUUCUUCAACCACGCCGUUCAAAGGCUCUCCAAGAAGUAUCCGGAUGCGAUUUUCGUGGAAGCUGGAUCCAACUCAACCAUCACCAAUAUGGCAAGUCGCGCCCUUGGUUCGCCAGCAACGUCUCAUUUUCAACCAGUCAACAUUACCACCGACAAUGGAUUUCAAUUGUUGGUCGAUUCUACGACAUCGCUAUGGAAAGAAGGCCUUAUGGUGCCAUUCUGGGCGCAUAGCAGGUUACAGACUUAUGAAUACAGUCUGAUGUUCCUGCCUGCAUACCAAUUUGAGAAGUCUCGUCACUGGAUGGAAGCAGUUCCCCCACCAACAUCCUCCAAGCAAGCUGUAGGCGAACAGUCGGACGAGCCGAAAGGAUUGUGGAGUUUCGUGGACUACAAGGAUGAGAAGAAGCGCUCCGCGAGAUUCCGCAUCAACACAGAAACUGAUAAAUACAAGGAGUUCGUGUCUGGUCAUAUCAUUGCACAAACUGCUCCAAUAUGCCCUGCUACGGUAGAGGUUGACAUUGCCGUUGAAGCACUCAUUAGUCUGUAUUCCGAGUUUCCGACUUCCGGCUUGCAGCCUCGAAUUUGCAAUGUUGACAAUCAGUCUCCAAUUUGCAUUGACUCUUCGCGCUCAGUGUGGUUGGAUGUUGAGUCACAAGAGUCGACCCCCAAUAACUGGUCAUGGCAAAUUGUUAGUAAUAGCGAAUCAUCCAAGGCCAGCACAAUUCACGUCACCGGUCAGAUAAUUUUUGUGUCUACCGACAACGCAGAAUGGCAAUUGGAAUUCUCUAGAUAUGAACGACUUAUUGGCCAUCAACGCUGCGUUAGUCUUUUAAACAGCAAUGAUGCGGACGAUAUCAUUCAAGGCCGCAAUAUCUACCGCUCAUUUGGCGAGGUUGUCGACUAUUCCAGUCCUUACCGAGGCUUACAAAAACUUGUUGGGAAAGGAACCGAAUCUGCCGGUCGCGUUGUCAAGAAAUACAACGGAGAAUCCUGGCUUGAUGCGUUGCUUUCAGAUACUUUCAGCCAAGUUGGGGGAAUUUGGGUCAACUGUAUGACAGACAAGGACCCCGGCGACAUGUAUAUCGCUACCGGUUUCGAGAAAUGGAUGCGCAGUCCAGAUGUAACUGCUGAUUACAAGCGACCAGAGACGUGGGACGUCUUUGCCUACCACCAAGAACUUCCUUCGGAACAUUCGUAUCUUACCGACAUUUUUAUUUUCGACGCAACUAACGGCAAGCUCACGGAAGUCAUUCUCGGUGUCAAUUACCACAAAGUCGCGAAAGCAACUAUGAGCAAGAUUCUUGCGCGACUUUCUGGACUACCAACUAGUUCAGCAUCGUCUAAUGUGAAGUCUAGUUCUGCUGCUACUGAGGAACUUACAGCUGCUGGGAACGGCGCCUCAGACACUGGAAGCAAACCAAAGAAAGCCAAGUCGAGUGCAGGUCCAGACGUUGUUGGUAAAACCAAGGCUCUUCUUGCUGAGAUCUCCGGCAUGGGAAUCGAAGAGAUUUCUAACGAUGCGCAACUUGCUGAUAUCGGCAUUGACUCCUUGAUGGGUAUGGAGCUAGCUCGCGAACUCGAAGGAAUGUUUAAAUGCACACUACCAAGCGACGAAUUGAUGAACGUGACAGAUUUUGCCGGACUCGUACAAAUUACAAAGAGCACUUUGGGUGUUACUGAUGACGAGGACAGCUCCGAUCAAGAAGGAUCCGAAGCCAGUUCAAAUGAGUCUUCCACCACAUUUACACCUGCAACUACGGCCACUACUUCUGUGUCUGAUGCUGAGGAUCACGGAAUUGAUAAAUAUGCUGGCAAGGAACAAUCUAGUUCCUAUGUUGGAGACCUUCAACUUCCCUCGAGCACAAUUAUUGAGGCUUUUGAAGAGUCGAGGAAGCUCACAGAUGACUUUAUCGUCAACUACAGGUGUGCGGGAUACAUUGAAACUGUCCUUCCCAGACAAACACAACUUUGUGUUGCACUUACUGUUGAAGCAUUCGAGCAGCUUGGUUGCCCCAUUCGUUCGGCCAAAGCAGGCGAUACGUUGACACGCAUUCCACACGAUCCGCAACACGAACGUCUUACUAAUUAUUUGUACAAGAUGCUGGAAAAAGAAGCACGAAUUAUUGAUACUGAUGGCUCAAAGAUCACCCGCACAGCAAUUGCACCUCCGUCCAAAUCUAGCGAUGCCAUUCUUGAACAACUUUUGAGAGACUUCCCAGACCACGAGUGGGCCAACAAAUUAACACACUUUGCCGGUAGCAGAUUAGCAGAUGUGUUGAAAGGUGAAUGUGACGGUAUCAAACUGAUCUUUGGAAGCGACGAAGGAAGACGACUUGUUACCGGGCUCUAUGGUGACUCAUUGUUGAACAAACUAGCAAACGUACAGAUGCAAGACAUUGUUGCCAGAGUUGCUUCCAAGAUGCCUAAGGACCAAGGUCCGCUGAAAAUUCUUGAGCUUGGCGCUGGUACCGGUGGAACAACUAAGGGAAUGGUCGCAUUGCUCUCAAAACUAGGUGUUCCUGUUGAAUACACGUUUACCGACCUUUCGGGCUCAUUCGUGGCUGCUGCUCGAAAGACCUUCAAAGAGUACCCAUUCAUGAAGUACAAAGUUCACGAUAUCGAGAAGCCUCCACCAGCAGACCUUGAAGGUACCCAACACAUCAUCAUUGCUAGCAAUGCGAUGCACGCAACCCACAAUCUCGAGAUAUCGACUGCCAACGUACGAAAAGCUCUACGCCCAGAUGGUUUCCUAAUGAUGCUUGAAAUGACAUCACCAGUCUUCUGGGUGGAUUUAAUUUUCGGACUGUUUGAAGGUUGGUGGUUGUUUGACGAUGGCCGUGAGCAUGCCAUUGGACAUCAGACGCUCUGGGAACGUAUCAUGCGUGCUGCUGGAUAUGGUCAUAUUGAUUGGACUGACGGCAAUAGUCCGGAGCUUGAAAUCCAGCGUGUUAUCAUAGCUCUCGCAUCUGGUCCUCAGUAUGACAGGCAAACAGUCGCUCCUCCACCACAACCGGAGAUUCAACUUCAGCCUGCUGCCGGUCGCAAGGCGGCCGUCGAUGGAUACGUCCAGAAGUACACUGAAGGUUUUAACCUUGGUCAACCCAUCAAGGGUGCAAAUUCUCCUACUCCUUAUGAGCAAUGCGUUUUGAUUACUGGCGCCACAGGAAGUUUAGGCUCUCACUUGGUGGCUCAUGUUGCUGCUCUGCCCAAUGUCAAAACAGUUGUUUGUCUUAACCGACGCAGUGGCAACGACGCAAACGCUCGUCAACAAAAGGCGUUGGAAGAUAGAGGGAUUUUGAUUGAUGCCGCAUCUCAAUCAAAGCUUCAAGUAUUCCAGGCGACCACAUCAAAGCCAAUGCUUGGUUUGGAAAAGAGCGAUUAUGAGGAACUCAUUGGAAAGGUAACCCAUAUUGUCCACAACGCAUGGCCAAUGACUGGCAAGCGACCAUUGUCUGGAUUGGAAUCCCAAUUCCAAGUGAUGCGCAAUUUGAUUGAUUUUGCCCGCGAUAUUUCAGCACGACGACCAGAGGGUUCAAAGGUUACCUUGCAACUCAUUUCCUCCAUUGCAGUGGUUGGACACUACCCGCUUUGGAGCGGAAAUGUGGAGGUACCAGAAGAGAGAAUGACACUCGAAUCUGUCCUUCCUAACGGUUACGGUGAUGCCAAGUUCGUUUGUGAACGGAUGCUUGAUGAAACUUUACACAAAUAUCCUGAACAAUUCCGUGUUAUGUCGGUGCGUCCAGGACAGAUUGCUGGUUCAAAGGUGACAGGUUAUUGGAACGCGAUGGAGCAUUUGUCAUUCUUGUUCAAGUCAUCGCAGACACUCAAAGUGCUUCCAGACUUUGAAGGUGAUUUGUGCUGGACGCCAGUCGACGACGUUGCAGGCACAUGUAGCGACCUGCUCAUUUCCGAUCGUCAACCGUGCCCUGUUUACCAUAUUGACAAUCCUGUACGCCAGCCUUGGAAAGAGAUGAUCCCUCUUUUGGCUGAGUUGCUUGACAUUCCUCGAGAUAAUAUUGUUCCUUUCAAGGAAUGGGUUCGUCGAGUACGCGCUUUCCCUGGAUUAGUCGAAUGGGAUAAUCCAGCCGCUUUACUUAUUGACUUUUUGGAUGAUAACUUUCUUAGAAUGUCAUGCGGCGGUCUCCUCUUGGGCACUGCUAAAAGUUGCGAGCAUUCGUCAACUCUUGCUGCUGUUGGGCCGGUGAGCGUUGAAGUGACAAAGAAGUAUAUUCAGUCCUGGAAGAACUCCGGCUUCUUGCACAAGUAG